CAGAGGUUAAAGGUUGUCACGGUGACAGCGCCACAUGUAGUGUUGUUGUGUUGUGAUGUGAUGGUUGGCUUUUAAAGAAGUCUCUUUAGAGAGUUUGGUUUUGCAGACCUAAGAUCCAGCCUCUGUGUCUGCCCUGAGGUGAGAUGAGAAACCUGAAGCUGCUAAAAAACCUGCACAGCUCAGAGCUGCAGGCUCCUGGCUCACCACAGUGCUUGUCUGUUCGAACCGACACAGGAUCACUGUUAGUGGCUUCACCGUAUUCCAUCACAGAGUACGACCCAAGAAACGGACAGGUGGUCUGUGAGGCUUCGUUGACGGCAGAUGGUUUCCUCCCAGAAGAUGGCAGUGGCGUGGUGGUCGGACUGCAGGAUCUGGCCGAAUUGGAGUCUGCGUGUGUGGCCACUGCUAGUGGGGAUGUUGUUCUCUUCAACUUCAACACUUUUCAGUUGGAAUGCGUUGGCAGCGUAGACAGUGGCCUGACUUCGAUGAGUUGGAGUCCAGACGAAGAGCUUGUCAUUCUCACCACCGGACUGGAAUCGAUCAUCAUGAUGACUAAAGAUUUUGAGCCCAUAAUUGAGGUUGGAAUUCACCAAGAUGACUUUGGUGAAGGCAAGUUUAUAACUGUGGGUUGGGGAAAGAAGGAGACACAAUUCCAUGGCUCAGAGGGGAAACAAGCAGCACAAAGAAAUAACCUGGAAGUGAAGGCAGCAGCUGGGUGGGACGACCGCAGGCCGCGAGUGACGUGGCGAGGGGAUGGUCAACUUUUUGCUGUCAGUGCCAUUUGUCCUCAGACUGGGGCCCGGAAAGUGAGGGUGUGGAACAGAGAGGGUGUCCUGCAGGCCACUAGUGAGGCCAUCAAUGGGCUGGAGCAGGCACUGUGCUGGAAACCCUCUGGCAGCUUGAUAGCCAGCACUCAACGCCACCCAAAUAAACACAGUGUGGUGUUCAUGGAGAAGAAUGGACUUCUGCAUGGAGACUUCACACUGCCUUUUAGCAAAGACCAGGCCAAGGUGAAGGAACUGCUGUGGAACAAUGACUCUUCGGCUCUCGCUGUUUGGUUGGAGGACAUGACUCCUGGAGAGGAUGGACAAGUGAACACCUACAUCCAACUGUGGACCAUGGGAAACUACCACUGGUAUCUGAAACAGAGCCUGGACUUUGGUAGAGAUCCUCAAAAGGCUCCGAUCUGUGUCUGCUGGGACCCUGAGCGCCCCCUAAAGCUGCACCUAAUAAGACGCAACUGGAUAACCGUCACCUACGAGUGGGGCUGGACAACAGAGCGCAGCCCAGGGCUGGACUCCACUGACAACGCUAAUGUAGCAGUGAUUGAUGGAGACAAAAUCCUGCUGACGACCUUCAGGCAUGGCGUCGUUCCUCCUCCCAUGUGCUCCUUCGAGCUCCAGCUGAAGGUUCCAGUCAACCAGGUGACCUUCCUCUGCAGACCUCAGAGGACCAAUCAGAUGGCAGCCUAUACUGCCAAUGGUCAGAUCUGCAUCUUCAGCCAAGACUCAGUGGGAGAAUCUGAUAAUACAGCUGAUGGUUUCAGGAUUGUCUCUCGUCCCCUGGUCCUCCAGAAGUCCUUUAACAUGACAGCUCCUCAUGAUGACCCUCUGUGUCUGCGGCAGCUGCUGUGGUUGGAUGACGAGCUCUUCUUGGCAGUUGGUUCUGGUCCGCUGCCGUCGUCCUCCACGGUGCAGAUGCUUUGUCCUGCUCAGGAUGACAGUGGCGCACUUGUUGUCAGGGCUGAGGUGGAGGUCGACGGCAUCGUCGUUAGCUUGGUUCAUUCUCCUCAGACUGGCACCGUGGCUCUGCAGCUGGAGGAUGGACAGAUCAGGAAACUGCUCUGGGAUGGUCCUGAUCCAUCAGUACAGGAUUGGAGGGACUCAAAUGGCUGCAUCAUCAACUUCCCUGUCCCCUGCCUCCAGACUGCCCUCUGCAGCAUCAGUGGAGAGGAAUAUCUCCUCGGUCUGACAGAUAGAUCCCACCUGUACGCUGGAGACACAGAGCUGGCCUCUAAUGUUUCUUCUUUCGCCAUUUGCAACAACUUCCUCCUCAUCACUACACACUCCCACACCUGCCGCUGCCUCCAGCUGAGCAAACUCGGCCUGAAAGGGCUACAGACAGCUCUGGCCACAGAUAAAGGUCAAAACGACGAAACUCUGCGUCGGGUGGAGAGAGGAUCCAAGAUCGUCACUGUGGUUCCUCAAGACACCAGAGUGAUUCUACAGAUGCCUCGUGGGAACCUGGAGACAGUUCAUCACAGAGCUCUGGUGUUGGCUCAGCUCAGAGUGUGGUUGGACAACUUGAAGUUCAGACAAGCCUUUGAAUGUAUGAGGAAGCUGAGAAUCAACCUGAACCUCAUUUAUGAUCACAACCCAAAGGUUUUCCUGGACAACACCAAGAUGCUUAUCACACAACUGAACACCAUCAACCACAUCAACCUGUUCCUCACAGAGCUCAAAGAGGAGGAUACCACCAGCAGCAUGUACCCUCGUCCUGAGGGCAGUCCAAUUGGGCUGCAGCUCGUCUCUGGACAGAAGAAGGUGGAUGUGGUCUGUGAUGCCUUAAGAAGUAUGAUGGAGUCAAUGGAUCCAAACAAGUUCUGCCUGUCCAUAUUGACGAGUCAUGUCAAAAAGACCGUCCCUGAGCUGGAGAUCGCUCUGCAGAAAGUGCAUGAGCUUCGAGAGAAUCCUCCUCAAGUUCCAGGCGCCGUUACUGCCGAAGAGGCCUUAAAGUACCUCCUCUUUCUCGUCAACGUCAACGACUUGUAUGAACACUCUUUGGGAACAUACGACUUUGACCUGGUGCUCAUGGUGGCGGAGAAAUCACAGAAGGAUCCAAAGGAGUACCUCCCCUUCUUAAACAUGCUAAAGAGCCUGGAGCCAAACUACCAACGCUACACCAUCGACAAACACCUUAAACGCUACAGGAAAGCUCUGCUGCACCUCAGUCAGUGUGGACCGGAGCACUUCCCUGAAGCUCUGCAGCUGGUCAAGGAACAAAAACUCUACAGUGAAGCUUUGAAACUCUAUGUGGCAGAUGCUGCUCAGUACAAGGCUUUGAGCUGUGCCUAUGGUGAGCACUUAGUGGAGCAGCAGCAGGCGGAGCAAGCUGGCCUGUUGCUAUGGCGAUGCGGAGAGACAGCCAGAGCCCUGCAGGCGUUUGCCAGUAGCUCCAGCUGGAGAAAUGCUAUCUGUGUGGCACAGCAGAUCCCACUGCCAUCUGACCAACUGGCUCUGCUGGCCAGAGACCUGGCAGAAAAGCUGACUGAACAGAGACGGUACUCAGAAGCUGCUUUGUUACUGGACCAGUACGCUAAAGACUGUGAAGAAGCCAUUUUGGCUCUGAUCACUGGUGCAGUCUGGGAGGAGGCACUUCGAUUGAUUUAUAUGCACAACAGACAGGACAUCACAGAAACCAACCUGAAACCAGCUUUGUUAGAAGCUGCCAGCACCCAGAGCUUCUUCCUGGAGACUCAGGCAGCAACGUUCACCCGACACAGGACCCGACUGGCUGUGGUCAGAGAGCAAAAGGAGAAGGCCAGGCUGGACAUGCUGGAUGAGGAUGGUCCAGAUUUACCUGAUGCUGAGCUGUACUCUGAGGCCAGCAGUGUGAUGACCGGCUCAAAAUACUCUCACAGCAACUCGCGCAUCUCUUCGAGGUCGUCGAAGAACCGUCGGAAGGCCGAGCGGAAGAAGCUCAGUCUGAAGGAAGGAAAUCCAUUGGAGGACAAAGCUCUGAUGCACGCCCUGGGUGAGAUCAUCACCACUGUGGACAAGAUGAGAGAGGAAGUGCACAGCCUGCUGAAAGCUCUAGUUCUGUUCCAGUUUGACAAACAGGCAGAAAAGCUGCAGCUGAGCUAUGACCAGGCUCUGCAGAUGAUGGAGGCAGCAGUGCCUGAGGUGUGGCCUGAUAAUCUCUGUAACAACCAAGCUACACUGACCGGGCCAAACUCGACUGCAAACAGCAUUAUGGCUUCUUUCCAGCAGCAGCAACAACAGAGACCUGUAGCUUCACAACCAGAUGUCGAGUUUCCAAUGGCACCAAAGAUGAGAAACGGUGUCAAAUGGAAGCUAACCCUUUUUUAGUAGUUUAAUUUUUACAUUUUUUUUUCAAGUGUAAAAUCCAACGUUAAUCCUGUAAUAAACAAAUAUUCACUUAUUAUA